AAAAACUUGCCUUCGCAGCCGGCAUUCGAAAUCCAGCAUUUCUUGUUGUGUUUAAUUUUUUCGUUGGGCGAGUUGUGUAUGAACUGUUUUCUUGUUAGUUCAUGUUUCAAGUUAUUUAAUUUGUUCUAUUAAAAUGUCCGACUCAACUCAAAAUACCGGUAUCGAUCCGGAUGAAACGAUUAAAAUCUUGGUGGCCAGUGAUAUUCAUCUGGGAUUCAAUGAGAAAGAUCCGGUUCGAGGGGAAGAUAGUUUCGUUGCCUUCGAAGAAGUGCUGCAACAUGCUAUUGAGAACGAUGUUGACGCUAUCAUCUUGGGUGGGGAUCUGUUUCAUGUGGCCAAUCCGUCGACGAAUACCCUGAACCGGUGCACUCGAAUGUUGAAAACCUACACGCUGGGUGACAAACCGAUUAAGCUCGAGUUCCUCAGCGACCAGAAUGAAAACUUUCUGGAAUCUUUGAAUCGGACCGUCAAUUACGAGGAUCCGAACAUGAACAUUGCCAUUCCGGUGUUCUCAAUCCACGGUAAUCACGAUGAUCCGAGCGGAUUUGGACGCAUAAGCUCGUUGGAUUUACUGAGCACCAAUGGGUACGUGAACUAUUUCGGCAAGUGGACCGAUCUGACCAAAAUCAACAUCAGCCCAAUUUUGCUGAAGAAGGGCGAGACGAAAAUGGCCCUCUACGGGUUGAGCUAUAUCGGCGAUCAUCGACUGGCGCGACUGUUCAACGAAGCCAAAGUGUUUCUGGAGAAGCCGGAAGAUUCCGGCUGGUUCAACAUCAUGGUCCUGCACCAGAACCGGGCGGACCGGGGACCGAAGAACUAUCUGCCGGAAAAAUCUUUACCGGGUUUCCUGGAUCUGAUCAUCUGGGGUCACGAGCACGACUGUCGCAUUAUUCCGGAGGAGAAUCCGCUGAAAAAGUUCUACGUCAGCCAGCCGGGAUCGACGGUGGCCACCUCGCUGGCCGAAGGUGAAUCCAUCGACAAGUGCUGCGGCAUCCUGAGCAUCCACCGGAACCAGUUCCGGCUGGAUCCGAUCCGGUUGCAAACGGUGCGACCGUUCAUUUUCGAAUCUGUUAACUUGGCCGAUUAUUCGGAUGAGUUGCAGCUGGAUGAAGGCGAUGUGCAGGAGAAGGUUCAGGCUUUUGCGGCGGAAAAAGUAGAGGAAAUGAUUGCUCGGGCCAAGGAGAAGCUGUCGGGCAACGAGAAGCAGCCGAAGGUGCCGCUGAUUCGAUUGCGUCUGGAAAUUAUGGAUGUGGAUCAGCAGUUCAAUGCGAUAAGAUUUGGACAGAGGUAUAAUGGCCGCGUUGCCAAUCCACAGGAUAUGAUAACUUUUAAGAAAAAGUUGACCCGUGUAAAGGAUGAAGUUAAACCUUUGGAUAAGGAAGCUCUGGAUGAGGCGUACAAGAAUCAGCGUGCGUCGACGGCCAGACGGGCUGAGGAGGUUGUGGAGCGAUAUUUUCGGGAAGCCGAUGAAGACAAGCAGCUGGAACUGCUCCCGAACAAAAGUCUCACGGAGCUGAGCAAAAGAAUGGUAGACUACGAAGACGAUGAUGCGGCAGAAAAUAUUAUCAAGUACUAUGAGAAACAGGCUCUGCAGUUUCUGGAGGGGCAGGUUGUCACCGAGGAUAACCUGGACGAAUUGUUGGCCGAGUUCCACGGCAAGGAAGGGGAGAUGCACAAUAAUAUGCUGAAGAUGUUAGACUCCCGCAGCCAGAAAGCGGAUCCCUCGGAUCGGAUGCGGUCCUUCGAUCACGAUGACGAUGAUAAGGAUCUAGAUAUGGAUCUCAAGUUUCCUCAAAUCAAAGCAUCGACAGCUUCAGUGCCAGCUCGAGGUCGUGGCAGUCGAGGAGGUCGAGGUUCUCGUGCUGCAGCCAAUACAACCACUACCAGCAACACCACGACCCGUGGUCGGGGAGGGCGGGGAAAAGCUGUCGCUGCUUCCAGUAACGGCAAUAGUUCGGUUGCCAAAAUUGAUACAUUUUUCUCCGGCUUAGCAGCUAACAGAUCUUCGGCAAAACCGGGCACUGGCAGUAGAGCCAGUAGUCGUAAUAUGUCUCGAGUUGUCUAUGUUUCGGACGAUGAUGAUUGAAGUCUGCUUUUGGUUCUUCUCCAGCAAACAUUCCUACCAAAAGCGAAUUUGUUCGCUCUCUUGUAUUAUUUUCGUCACUCGUUGAGAUUAAACAUUGGUGUUUAAGUUUA